AUGUCUCGAACCUUUUUUGUUGGCGGAAACUUCAAGAUGAACGGCUCUCUGGAGUCCAUCAAGGCCAUUGUUGAGCGACUCAACGCCUCCGAGCUCGACCCCAAGACCGAGGUGGUCAUCUCGCCCCCCUUCCCCUACCUCCUGCUCGCCAAGGAGUCUCUGAAGAAGCCCACCGUGUCUGUGGCUGGCCAGAACUCUUUCGACAAGGGAGACGGUGCCUUCACCGGUGAGGUGUCUGUGGCCCAGCUCAAGGACGUUGGAGCCAAGUGGGUCAUUCUCGGCCACUCCGAGCGACGAACCAUCAACAAGGAGUCCUCCGAGUGGAUUGCCGACAAGACCAAGUACGCUCUUGACAACGGUCUCGACGUCAUCCUCUGUAUCGGAGAGACCAUUGACGAGAAGAAGGCUGGCAAGACCCUGGACGUUGUCCGAUCCCAGCUCGACCCCGUCAUCGCCAAGAUCAAGGACUGGUCCAACGUGGUCAUUGCCUACGAGCCCGUCUGGGCCAUCGGUACCGGUCUCGCUGCCACCGCCGAGGACGCCCAGCAGAUCCACCACGAGAUCCGAGCCUACCUCAAGGACAAGAUUGGCGCCCAGGCCGACAAGGUCCGAAUCAUCUACGGUGGUUCCGUCAACGGCAAGAACUCUGGUACCUUCAAGGACAAGUCUGAUGUCGACGGUUUCCUCGUCGGUGGUGCUUCUCUCAAGCCCGAGUUUGUUGACAUCAUCAACUCUCGACUUUAA